AGGAUCAAAUUCCUAGAAUAAUUUAUUUGAUUUUUUGGCAGAAAUCUUCCCAGAUUACUCAACAGAAGAUUAUUUCCAAAGCAAACUUAUUAGUCGUUACCCCUCCUCUUUCCCUCUGGUUUAUAUUCCCCAUGCUGAUCCAGGCGCUGGGAGGCUGCAGCCAUGCUCCCUUCCCAGGCUCUCCUACCUGCUGUGGUGUUUGCACUCACAGCCCUUCGGGCUCUUGCCUCCGACACCUUCCUGGCAGCCGUCUACGAGCACGCCGUCAUCCUGCCAGAUCCCACUGACCAGCCCGUUUCUCCCAGCGAUGCUUUGGCCCUGAUGAACAAAAACAUGGAUGUCUUGGAAGGGGCCGUCAAGGAAGCUGCCCGGCAGGGUGCCCACAUCAUUGUGACUCCUGAAGACGGCAUCUAUGGCUGGCGAUUCACAAGAGAAUCCCUCUACCCAUACCUGGAGGAUAUCCCUGACCCGGUGGUGAAUUGGAUUCCCUGCACUGACCCCUCAAGAUUUGGUCCAGCACCAGUGCAGGAACGACUCAGCUGCAUGGCCAGAAAUAACUCCAUCUAUGUGGUUGCAAAUAUUGGGGACAAGAAGCCGUGUGACUCCAGUGAUCCCAGCUGUCCUGGGGACGGUCGCUACCAGUACAAUACGGAUGUUGUCUUUGACACACAGGGGAAACUGGUGGCUCGUUACCACAAGUACAAUCUGUUUAGAGGAGAAACUCAGUUUAAUUACCCGAAAGAGCCAGAAGCUGUCACCUUUGAGACUCCUUUUGGGAAGUUUGGCAUUUUCACUUGCUUUGACAUCCUUUUCUAUGAGCCUGCUGUGGUCCUGGUGAGCAAGAUGCAGGUGGACACCGUGCUCUUCCCAACAGCUUGGAUGAAUGUCCUGCCCUUCCUGACUGCAAUUGAGUUUCACUCUGCCUGGGCUAUGGGCAUGCGUGUUAAUUUACUUUCAGCAAAUACUCACAACACCAGCACAGCAAUGACAGGCAGCGGGCUGUUCACGCCAGAAGGACCGGCCACCUACCACUAUGACAGUGCCACCGAGGAGGGACGUCUCCUGCUAGCAGAGCUGAGCACACACCCCCGCCUUUCCCCCACCUACCCCCCUGCCAUCAACUGGAGUUCGUAUGCCACAAGCAUCAAGAGUUUACCUGGAGAAAAUGACACCUUUUCGGGAGCUGUCCGGAGGGAUAUAUUCACUUUCAGUGAACUCAGGCACAAGGAUGGAAAUUGCACUGUUUGCCAAGGAGACCUUUGCUGUCAUCUGGUCUACCAGAUGUUGAAUAAGAGGAAUGAUGAAGUUUAUGUUCUAGGUGCAUUUGAUGGGCUUCACGGUUCUCUCAUAAAAUACCAUUGGCAGAUCUGCACUCUGCUCAAGUGCCCCAGCACAAACCUGAGCACGUGUGGGCAGCCCGUGGAGACAGCUCAGACCAAGUUUGAGAUGUUCUCCCUCAGUGGCACAUUUGGCACCAGCUACGUCUUCCCAGAAGUGUUGUACAGCGGGGUGCAGCUGGCCCCCGGGGAGUUCAAGGUGCUACGUGAUGGGCGUUUGAAAAGCAAGCAUGGCACGUCAAAACCGCUCAUUACAGCGACACUUUUUGGAAGGCUUUAUGAGAAGGACCCGCCACAUCCUCUGCGAAUUUCCCCUAAAGUCUCUCCUUAGGAGUUACAGACUCACCAGAGACAGGAGGGGGAUUUCUUCUUGAGCUGUAGCAGUUACCCUGCAUGAUUCCUGUUCUGCAGUAUUGCACUUCUGCUCAGCAGCUGUGGCAGUUGGGGUUUUUUGGGAGAAAGUGAUGUGUUCGCUCUGCUGUGCAUGCCUUUUUAGCAGUGCUUGAGCCAGUGCAAUUGUUUUUUAGUGUGCACUAUCUGUCACAUGAACCUUUUAAUCAGAAAUUUUGUUUCCCCCUAUAUAUCAUAUAGAUUGGUAGGAUUGCAGUAGAAAGAAGACUGAUACCAAAAUCUAUGAAAUGUGAAUGUCAUUUUAUUGGGGAAUGAAUUCUCUCCAAGAAAGUCUUUCUGUCCCUUUUGCCCCUUCUGUUUUUCAGACUGUAUAAUCAUUAAGUUUUUGCAUUUUUCAGGCUUACAACCUGCUUAACACUCAAUGAGCCUUGGCCCCAUUCUGACCAAGGUACAGUAAAAUAAAGAGAAAACCAGAUUUGAAAUUAUUUUAGGGGCAAUCUUAGAGAGAGAAAGUGGUCCCUCCACAGCCCACCCAGGUGUUGGGUCUGACUAAGGUCAUAAAGAUCAUCCAGUUCUGCAGUCCCUCUGAUCUUGUACCUCUUUGUAUGUGGCACAUGGGUAUUUGGU